AUGGAAGGAGUUCCUACUGGAAGUCAGUUACCAGCAGGUGUAGUGAAUCCGUCGCCCAGGCUCCCUACAGGAGCUUCACUAUUUCCAUCUGGAGGAAGCGGAGAACCAGCCGCGCCCUCCUCCCAUCAUCAAGUUGGUCUGCCCACCGGCGAGCAAAUGAGGGCACCAUGUACGGCGAGGGGAGCAUCGUCGGCAUCAGGUCCUGCCGGUGCGCAGGGUGAGCUACGGCAGACAUCUCCAGCCGGUGGAGGUGCAAAGGACGUCGCCAGCAAUCCUCCUCAACUAGUGGGGCAAAAUCUGGCGGCGCCUCCGUCCGUUCGGCCGCCGCCUAUCUCUCUGCUUUCCGUUGACGUUUGUGGACCUAGGGGGAGUCGCCCGCCACCGCCGUUCACCCACCAUCGCUCGAUCGAACAGGCGUCGCCUCCAGCAGAAAGCCAUACCAUCGGCAUGGGUAUUCGGUCGGCGAUGUGGCAGAUGCCGGUGGUUUCGUCUCCCGGUGGGUGUGGUGUGGGAACCGCAGCCAGCAACGGCGACACCUUCACGUUUUCGCCUCCUGCUUUUGUGAAGGUCCCGGUUCCCCCGCCUCUCGAAUGGGCGCCGCCCGCUAGCGGACCGAAGGCGACAGGUAGCCGCCGUCCACCUCUUCUCCCAUUCAGACAAGAUGGGGCGGCGGCGGUGUGCGCCGCUCUUCAGCCCUCUAGUUUGCCCCUUCCACCCCUGUUUGAGGCGAAAAGGGGUCACCAUGAGCAGCGCCUUGAGCUGCCGCUAGAGGCACUCGUGGGUGUGGUCCGGUUCCUUUUGGGACCGGUUCAAGCCAAACCAGGUUUUGGAACCGGUUCGGGUCUAUAUCACCCGAUUCACAGGUAUAAGAGUCCAGAUUUGAAUCCAAACCAGUCCUUUCCAUCACUUGAGACUAGAUUUGAAUCAAGAAUGCCCUUAUAUCAUAUCCAAGCCUGUGUUUCUUCUUUAACGCCACCACCUGAGCCGCCACCUUGA